AUGAUUGGAAAAACCGCAGUGGGCAAAGCGGCCAAGCCAGCAGGUGGAUAUUUAGGAGGGAGGUUCAUUCGCAAAGAGAAAUUGAAUGACGAAAAGUGGGUCAAGCUGCUGGAGGUGGAUAAGCCGCCGGAGGACGGGCUGUUUGUGCUGCGAAAGUACGUCAAGAAUCCGAAGCUCAUGAGCCAAGAGGCCUCGACAACCAGAAGGAAUAUGCCCAUCAGGACACUUGCUCGAAUUGUCAAGGCUGCAGUUAAGAACAGCCCCAAAACCCCGAGCAAGCCUAAAGCAGCUCCGCGGGCGCCAGUAGUUUCGGUUGAAUCAAUGAAGGACUGGAACGAGAUCACGGAAGAUGAAGAAACAGAAGUACUAAAGUUGGAGGAUCUGAAACCAAACGGGACAAUUGCCGUAAUUGGUGCCGGUAUUUCGGGAUUAUCUACGGCGUGGCUGCUCAAUCGUGCCCGACCAGACGUCAAAAUCCAUGUAUUUGACACUAACGAAAAGGCGGGCGGAAAAAUGUUGACUUCAGUAUCUGAAUCAAGACUUUUUGAGUCCGGACCACGGACUUUGUUACCUUCACACCCAGGAACUACGGUUUUGCUUAAGAUGUUGUGGCAAAUGGGCAAAGGUAGCCAGGUAUAUGGCGUUCCGAAAUCUGCAGCGACAAAUCAAAAGGCAUUGAUUUACAACGGCAAAACAGUCCAGUUGCCGAGAUCGUUAGGUGGAGCAGCCUCGUUCUUGUCUAGCAGUCCUAUCAUGAAGGGGCUUCUCAAGUCUUUUGUUGGCGAGCCCUUUAAAAUGGCGCGUGAUCGCGAAAUUGACGAUGAGAGUGUAGCGUCUUUCAUGAGCCGCCGGUUCAGCAAAGACUUUGUUGACCGGUUCCUGUCAGCUCUGAUGCGGGGCAUCUAUGCGGCAGAUGUCUCGAAACUGAGUGCUCGUUCUGUGGCCAGGCUGAAUCGGUUGUACUACCUCGAACGGACAGAGCAUAUGUCAGUAGUUGGUGCCGCACUCAGCGGCUCCCUGAGCUAUCUUAAUGACUACCCGAACAAGGUUUUUCCGCUUCUAACUGACGCCAUGAUCACACCGGAGCGUAGUGACCCUGCAGUGUUGCCUGAUAUUUCCAAAUACAGCCUGCUUGGGUUCAAGAACGGAAUUCAAGGCAUGGCUCAGACAAUUGCCGACGAUCUCGCGACACGGAAGAACGUGAGCCUUCAUUUUGGUGUGGGCGUGACUAGCCUCGCCCCAGGACUCGACAAAGUGUACCUCACGUUGACCGAUGGCUCCAAGUUGGAGGCUGACAUUGUGAACAGCACGGUGGCCGACCAAGCUAUGUUCACUGAUGCGAUCAAAGAUAAAACAAAACAGCUUAAAGGAACUACACUUGCUGUUGUUAACGUACGGACGGCAGAGCCAAUUGCCAAAGACUGGUUUGGGAUUCUCAUUCCCAAAACCGAAGACGCCCGAAACCCCGAGCACGCUUUGGGUAUCAUUUUUGACUCGUCGGUGCGGAAUGCCGCAGUGUCUAUUGAAGACGAACAAAAGGUUCCUGCCAUCGAGGGGAGUAUUAUGACUGUGAUGAUGGGAGGCGAUUUAUGGAAAGGCGAACUGACCCCGGGGGAGGCUGAGGCGAACGCUGCGGCAACAAUCCGCAAGUAUGUAGGCGACUUUGAUCAGAGCAACGCCGAGUUCAAUGUCCGAGUAUGGGAGAAUGGAAUUCCGCUCUACGAGGUGGGCCACAGCGCGUUGAUCCACGAUAUUCAUCAGGCCACAGCCGAGACCUACAACAACCGAGUGAUUCUCACCGGCAUGGCGCUAGGCCGAGGUGUGGGGGUGAGCGAUUGUGUGAUUGAUUCACUCACCGUUGCAUUACGGUUCUCCGAGCAACGAAAACUGCUGCACCCGGAGUUUUUCUUUGGAAACCAUACCACGUUAAGCGCCCCUGAGCUGUACGCCUAA